AUGGUUUAUUCAAUAGGUUAAGCCAAAAGAUCAGAUCCUGCUCUCAAAACAUUUGCACCUGCUCCUAAUGCAUAUCUUCCAAAAUUAGUUUCCAAGCAACAAGCACCUCAAUGGACGUAAGCAAAACUUAUAACAGUAGUAUCGGUGGGGCAGCUUAAAGGGCAGGUAGAUCAACAUCAAUAGGACCUGGACCAGGAUAAUAUGGAUAUCAAUCUAAAAUUGUAGAAGGACCAAAAUACACAAUGAGUGGAAAACAUGAAUUUAAAUAAGCCUCAUUAUCUCCAGGACCAGGAAACUAUAAUGAUGAAAGCUUCACUUCUGUUUAUAAAAAGUAGCCAAUGUAUACUUUGGGUCUCAAACAUCAUACUUCAUAAAAGGAUUUGGUGCCUGGUCCUGGACAAUAUGAUUUGAAUAGUUCCUAUAUCUCUAAUAAUUCAAUUAAAUUUCCAACUUAACCAAGAUUGACAUCUUUAGAAGGUGGAAUGUCUCCUGGACCUGGAUGUAAGUUAGAAUAAUUAUUAUUAGAAUACAAUAUUGACAAGGCAGCAAAGUUAUUAUUAGAGAAGUCAUAACCUUCAUGGGUUAUAGGAACAUCUUAGAGAUCUCCAGAAAUGAGGAAGCAAGAUUUAUAACCAGGACCUGGAGCUUAUCAUUUAAAGAGUCUACUCAAUUUAUCUAAGAACUUUACUAUAAAAUAGAAAUUAUAGACUAAAGAUUAUAGCUCUUUUCAGCCUGGUCCUGGAGCAUAUGAUUAGGAUAUUUCAACAAUAAAAUCUCAUUAUCCUUCUUAUAAGAUAGGUUCUGAAUUAAGAAAUUCAUAAAAUCCUAUGGAUAAAUUAGUCCCUGGACCUGGAUAAUAUUAUAGAGAGUAAAUGAUUAAAUAAUGUUUAGGAGAUUAGAUAGUCUCAGCUCAUUAUAGAAGUCAGCUCCAUCUUUCAAAAUGCCAUAAGCAUUGAGGAAGGAUCUCAAUGAUUCAGUUACAAUUACUCCUGGUCCUGGAUAGUAUUCGAUGCCGAAGAAUUAGAAUACUUAGAUGGUCUCAAUGAAGGGAUCAAAGUAUAAUCCUAAUAAUUCUUCAUUCAUUCCAGGACCAGGUUAGUAUAAUCCAGAUGAUUCAGUAUGUAAACAUAAGGAUGGUUCAGUGAAAAUAGUGCCAGAACAUAAAACAAAAUAAUUAUUAACGUAAUAUUUUCCAGGACCUGGACAAUAUUCAGUUAAAUCAUCUCUCGAAGGUCCUUAAUGGGGAUUCUCUAAAGACAUUCGUUAAGGCUUGACAAAGAAGGACCUCAUUCCUGGUCCAGGUGCGUACAAUAUUCCACCAAAAUUUAAUGAUGUACCGAAGUAUCUAUUGCCUAAACAAUUUUGA